CAUAUCGAUUUGUUUUCUUAAGAGUUAGAGUUACAACAGCCUCCAAGUUUUAUAAGUGGAUAAAAAUUAUAGUUUUCUUUGCAGAUUUUUUAAAUCACGUUAUUGUAUUUACUUAAAAUAAAUUUUGUUUUUAUUUUUUUAUUUGUAUGGCAUCACAUCUUCCAUUCAGUUAAUUACAAAAGAUGAACCGGCAAUGAAACUUGACUUAAUUCGACAAUCAGUUCGUCGCUCUGGCAAAAGACAUGUGCGCAUCGAAAGGCCAGUUUACACGGAGGAAGAAGUAUCGCGUUUAUACGGACAAAACAUUGAGGAUGAAUCGCUUAUCAAACAGUUAUCAACAAGGAUCAAACAAAACUGCACAUGUGCAGAUAUUUUGCAACGUUUUCUCUCCUUCUUUCCUGUUAUAUCAUGGCUGCCAAAGUAUCAAAGACAUUAUCUCCUGCGGGACAUAUCUGCGGGGAUAACGCUGGGUAUAAUGCAGAUACCUCAAGGUAUGGCGUACGGUAUGUUAACAACUCUUCCGCCAAUCUAUGGAUUGUAUGCAUCGCUUAUCCCUGUGCUCGUUUACUUUUUAAUGGGCUCUUCAAAACACCUUAGCAUUGGAACAUUCGCCAUUAUAUCGCUAAUGGUUGGCGAGGUCGUGCAAAAAAAUAUGAAUGUUAACUUUCCAUCACGUUCAAAUGGGACAACAGACUCGCAGUAUGAUCAACUGCUGGUAGAAAGUCGAAUCGAAUACGCUGUCACCGUCUCUUUUCUUGUUGGUGCGAUCCAGUUCGUCCUUGGAUUUUUUCGUGUCGGUUUUAUCACAAUCUUUCUCUCCGACCCUCUCAUCAGCGGAUUCACGACAGGAGCCGCUUUUCACGUUUUUAGCAGUCAAGUGAAACACUUCGUUGGUAUAAGAAUACCACGGGAUAAAACAAGUGGUUACUUUAGCUUGUUCAAGUUGUAUGGAUACAUCUUCAGUCACAUCAAGGAGACAAACAUUGGUGCAUUGACCAUUGGCGUAGUAGCUACAAUAAUUUUAUUCGUUGUGAAAUAUUUUACGCAAAAGUAUAAGGAGAAAAUAAAGUUUCCAAUACCAGCCGAACUUAUAGUAGUCAUUUUAGGGACUGGAUUGUCGUACGGAUUCAAAUUCAAAGAAACAUAUUCAAUCCCUAUUUUAGAAAAUGUUCCAAAAGGACUGCCACCUCUUUCUUCACCAAAGUUUUCCUACAUGCAAGACAUGAUCAUUGAUUGCGUCAGCAUCGCGGUUGUUUCAUAUGCUAUCAGUGUGUCUGUAGCCAAAUCCUUUGCGAAGAAAAACAACUAUAAAGUUGAUGCAAAUCAGGAGUUAUACGCAUACGGUGCAGUAAAUAUGGUUGGAAGUUUUCUUUCAUGCUUCGUUGCGUCAGCAUCAUUGUCUCGCUCACUCAUACAAGAAAAUUUGGGUAGCACACAGCUUGCUGGAAUUUUUGCAAGUGCUCUGAUUGUCCUUACACUAACUGUGCUAGCUCCACUGUUUGUGUAUUUGCCCAGGGCAAUUCUGGCUGCUAUUGUUUUGGUUGCUUUAAAAGGACUAUUCAAGCAAUUUUCAAGGUUGAAGGUAUUAUGGAAGGCUUCUGUGAUUGACAUGGGUAUUUGGAUUGUGAGUUUUAUAGCAGUUAUUAUAUUUGGAGUUGAUGUCGGUCUUGCGACUGGGUUGUUUGCCAAUCUGCUGGUGUCUGUUGUGAGAAACUCCAGACCAUCAACAACAUUAAUGGGGCAAGUGAAAGGAACAGAAAUUUAUAUGGAUAAAUUUCAAAACUCUUUAUAUGAAACCCCGGGUGUUAAAAUUUUCCAAUUUCACGCACCUCUGUUCUUUGCAAAUGUGGAAUUCUUUCAAGAAAAACUGUAUGAGUCUACCGUUAAUCCAAGUACUUGCAUCCAAAUGGCAGUACCAAGUUGUUUUCAAGCACCCACAGCGAGGAGUGAUCCCGAUAGCUCCAGUGAUAAGUUCUUUAUGGAGAAUAAUUCCUACGCCCCACCCUUAAAACAGAGAAGCUUUUCACAGUGUACUGAGAAGCGUAACGUACCUUUUAUCCAAAGAAGUGGCUCGUUCGAUUCUCCAAAUAAUCUUUCUACGAAAGUAGUUUAUCAAGACGAAUCGUGCCGACUUUUUUGUCCCACGCAUACUAUUAUACUUGAAUGUUCACAAAUAUGUUACGCCGACACGAUGGGCGUGGCUAUGAUAUCAACAGUUUGUAGCGAAUUUAAAAAAGUUGACGUAAAUGUUUAUUUAGCAAAUUGUCCAGCGAAACUGCUAAUCUCACUUGAGGCCAGUGGUUUUACAAGUACACAUGGUUCCCAACAUAUCUUUGUGUCUACCCAUGAUGCAGUGCAGUUUUCUCUUUCAAAAGAACACUUAAAAGGGAUUUGUGAACCUCUGUUGAAGAAUGUAAACAAUGACGCGUCAUAUAAUCUGAUCGUUAGGGACGACAGCAGUUGCUCUUCUGCGCAGGCAACCAAAGAAGACGAUGCUGAAAGUUUCAACCAAUCAACGUCUGAGAAAGAAGUUGUGUAAAAGAAAAGGCACGUGUAUAAUGUGAAGAUGUGAUACCAUCUACAUAAAGCAUACACUGAAAGUAAUUUCCGGACUGAAACGCGUGCUUAUUUCCUUAAUUAUUUUAUUGUUUUUGCUAACUCAUCAUUUUGGAUUACCCCUUUAAAACCGAUAAUAAACGCUGUGGGGUAACAUAGCGUUCCCUGUUGGAACUGCAACAAAAUUUCUUAAAAAAUAUUUAAAAGUAAAAUAUAACGUAAUCUUAGCCGGCGUUUACAAGGGUCUCUAAGGUGGCUGCACCUAGAACCUCUUAACUACCCUAAAAUUGAGACCCAAGAUUCCUUUUAAACUCUCUAAAAUUUUUCAUCCUGACAUCAAUCUUUCACAUUUUUAUAAAAGAUUAACUAGUAUGUUAGGAAAAGGUUUGGUUAUUAGAACUUUCCAUUUUCUCCUAAAAUUUGUAAUGAUUGUUAUGCGUUUUAUUAUUUUCUUCUAGCUUGACCUAAAAACCUAAAUUCUCUCGAAAUCUUUUAAAAUUCAUACCAGGUAGAUUUAUCCAAUACAGUGUUUAUGUAAACAGGAUUGACGCAACAUAACUUGCGCGUGUGUAGGAACCCGUUGCACAUGCGCAGAAACUAACUACAAGUGUUUGCUCGUUUCCAAUAUAAAAGUUUCAUGUAAACACAGUGUGGUUAAUGGCAAUCAGGAUCGUCUGGGAAUCAUGUAAACGCCUCACGAAUUUGUUAGGAUAUAAGAUUUUGAAUGUUAUUAAAACUGAUAAUUUGUUAUGUAUAUAUUGUUUUAUAAGCAAAUAUUUUUUACUGGUUUAAAAUUACUACAAGAAUAUAAUUUCAUGAAUAUCUGAA